AUGACGGAGUUCAGUCGUACAGUAACAUCGUCUGUUGCCUCUCAAUCAUCAAGUUGGUUUGAAUUUUUACUUAAUCCUACAUUAUUAGAUGAAUAUUUGACACAAGAUAAUCUUGAAGUGGCUGGCACAGAUUUAAUUAUUCAGUUUUUAAUUCAUGCAAAUUUAAUUGAACAAAAAACAAAGAAACCAACUGAUAAUCCUAAUGAAAUUGAAUUGAAAGAUAACAAAAUCAAAGCAUUGAGAUUUUUAGCAAUGAAAAUUGCCGCCAAACUCAACUGGGAUCUUGUUAUUAUUGAAAAAAGAAUUCCGGUUGCUGUUCAGUCAGAUCUUAUUCAUUGUUUUGUGCGUUUAACGACAAAUUCAGUGAUAGACAAAUGUUAUAAAGAUCGAGAACAAUUUCAACAAUUGAGUAAAGUAGAUGAACCAGCUUUGUUUGCUGUACAAUUAUUACAUCGAUGGAUAGUUCGAACUGUUGUUCAAUCAUCAUUUCCGGUUAAACAAGCAAAAAUAUUUCCAGUGAACUUGAAGUAUACGAUUUUAUAUAGAGCUGGUUAUGUAAAUCCGUUGCAACAUAUGAAAGAACCAAAUGAAAAUGUUAUACAAAUGGCCAAAGCUAAAGUUCGAGAUUCAAUACAAGCUCUUGAUACAUUAUUAGAAUGGAAAAAAGAGAUCAUUUGUAUACCAUUAGAAACAUGUUUUGGUUUUAUUGAUUACGAAAAUGGAAAUGUUAAUUAUGAUUGGUCAAAAAUGGUCAAUUACCCACUUGUAGAAUGUUUAGCUAGAGUUGCCUAUGAUUUAGGCUCAAUAUAUUUUUAUGAACAAAAUUAUGUUAAUGCGUAUACUAUGUUUCGACGAGUGCAUGAUGUACGAUCUCAGAUAAAUUUAAAUUAUUUUUCAUCAUUAGACGGUUAUUUAACAUCAUUACAAUCGAUUAAUCCAUCAAUGGAACAACGAAUGUUAAAACCAAAAGAUCGUAUUGCUAUGGCAUUACGUGCAUCAUCCGAAGAUUGUAUUUCUGUAUUAGCCGAAGAUAAUGAUACAAAAGAAAUGUCAAUGGCUGCAAGAAUGAGACUUGAAGAUCGUCUAGACGUGGGUUCUCAACAGUAUAAAAUUGUUUGUUCAUUCAAUUUGGUUCGCGCUUUACUUGAUGGUAAACAUUUGUCGAAUAUUCAGUAUGCAUUUGAUUAUCUUGACACUGCAUUACAACGUGUGAAAAAAGUAAAUCCAAAACAGCAAGCAUUAUUACACAAUUUCUUAAGAAUUCAUUUUCAAAAUUUAACAAAAAAUCUUCAAGAUCAAUUACGUACAGAUAAACUAUCUCAUUUAGUUGGACAAACAUUCAUAAUGCCACCCUUAAAACCAAUAUUAUCGCCAACAUAUCGUUCGUCAACCGUCACAUCGACUAUACAACGACGUGUAAAUGCAUCCGAAUUAUUCAAAAUUCAAAAUCGUCUUAUUCAUUCAUUCGAACCAGAUGUAAUUAUCAAAACAAUAAAUGAUAUUGAUAAAAUGAAACAACUUAAAAUGUUAGACGAUCUAUUUCCACCGAAUCAAUCAAAUAAUGUCAUUGAAAAACAAUUAUCACCUAUUUUAAAUACAAAUCUUCUAAUUGGUCAAUAUAUUCGUAUAUUGUACGUUAAAGCACAACGAGCAAAACAAUUCAAACAUUAUUCAUUAGCAAGAAAACUUUUAUUACAUGCUGCUGAAUUGUUGUCACCACUACCACAACAGCAAGAUACGACAAAAUUAAUUAAAUAUAUUAGAUAUGAAUUGUUAUUAAUUGAUUUAAAUGAUUCGAUACACAAACAAAACUUUGAUAAUCAAGAUACGUGGGAUGCAUGUCGAACAUUUUUAACUGAUACACAAUCGGAAAAUGAUGCCAGUGUUGAUGUUAUUCGUGUAGCACUUUCCUAUGCCCUAUCUCGUGGAGAAUGGCAUUUUCUUCAUGCUAUUCAAAGUUCAUCGCGGCGUAAUCGUCAAUAUUUAGAUUUAACAAAAAUUCUAGCUCGUCUCUGUAUUACUGACAGUAUACGUCCAGAAAUAACUCGUGAAUUAUGGGAUAGAGUUUUAGAUAUUUUAUCAGAUAAAAAAGUACACCGUGGUAAUCGUCAUCAUCAACAUCCACAACAACAACAAGAUAAACUAACAGCAAUUAAUUUUCAAAAAUUUUUAUUACUUAUUUAUAAUCCGACAAUUAUUUCGAUAUUAUUUUCAUUAUUAACACGUAUGUAUUCUAUUGUACUUGUUGAACAAUCACAUAUUGACAUCUAUUCGGAUUAUGCUCGAUAUUGGCCAACAACAAUUGUGGAUCAACGUCAACGAAGUGUACAUAUAAGAAUAUUAGCAAAUAUUAUUUAUCUAUGUAUCAAACAUAUUCAAACAAUUAAAUUUCAACAAACUCAAAUUCAAAUCAAAUCAUCACUAUUGAGAACACAAGGGGAUUUAUAUUUAACAUUACAACAGUAUACAUUAUCUACAAAAUCUUAUUUAUGUUCAAUAACAUUAGAUACAAUGAAUAAUAGUCAACAUGUACAAGAUCAUGAUAUGUUAAUUCGAAAUUUGAUUAAAUCUACACUACAACUCGGUUAUCAUACGCAAGUUGCAUGUCUAUGUCAACUGUUAAAUCAACCCGAUUAUAAUAUUAUAUUUAAAACAUUACAAGAAAACUUCAAUCUCAAUGAUGAUAUUGAUGAUUAUUAUGAUUGUGUUUGGGAUUUGGCACUAAUGGAAAUACUUAUCAAUAAUCUUCACGUACGUGGUUAUGAAGAUAAGAAAAAACUUGCUAUUCGUGUUUGUAAACAAAAAGAAUUAAAUGGUAAUAAUUCAGAUGAAAAUCGUUUAAAAAUGAUACGUAUUAAAAAACGUUUACUAUUAAAGAAAUUAUUGGCACAUUAUUUGUUACCCUUUAAUCGAUUGUAUCGACCAAAACUGUAUUGGAAAUAUAAUUUAUUAAAAAAUAUGUCAUUAGAUUAA